CGGCCGGGGCGCUCGGGGCCGGGCAGCUCCGCCAGCCCCGGGCCGCCGCGGCCCCGCCGGCACCUCCCGCCCGCCCGUUCCCGCCUCCCGCCUGCGCCCGCCCCCGGCCCCAUGGGGGGCGAGCAGAGACCCCGCGGCCGGCGGGCUGCCCCCGCCGCCCGCCCGCCCGACGGCAGCCGGCUUCGCCCCGCCUGAGUCGCUCCGCGUCGCCCUCCCGCUGCCGCCGUCGGGGCGAGGGACCCCCCCGGGAUCCCCGGAGCCCGGCGGGGGGAGCUCCCCCGCCAGGGGCGGGGAGACGGGCGGGGAGCAGCGGCCGGGAAGCGGGGGGGCCGGGGCCCGGUCCCUCAGGAUGUUCCCGCAGGGACGGCACCCGACCCCCCUUCAGCCCGGGCAGCCCUUCAAGUUCUCGGUCCUGGAAAUCUGCGACCGCAUCAAGGAGGAAUUCCAGUUCCUGCAGGCUCAGUACCACAGCCUGAAGCUGGAAUGCGAGAAGCUGGUGAGCGAGAAGACGGAGAUGCAGAGACAUUAUGUUAUGUACUAUGAGAUGUCCUACGGGCUGAACAUUGAAAUGCACAAACAGGCAGAGAUUGUCAAGAGACUGAGUGCCAUCUGCGCCCAAAUUAUACCUUUUCUGACCCAGGAGCACCAGCAGCAGGUCCUGCAGGCUGUGGAGCGGGCCAAGCAGGUGACCAUGGGGGAACUGAACAGCAUCGUUGGGCAGCAGCAGCUUCAGCACCUCUCCCACCACGCAUCCCCCAUCCCGCUGACACCCCACCCCUCCAGCAUGCAGCCUUCUAGCCUGAGUGGGGUCAGCGGCACCUCAGGGCUCCUGGCCCUCUCGGGGGCAUUGAUGGCACAGUCUCAGCUGGCUGCCAAGGAGGACAGAGUGGCCCAGGAUGGGGAGAACAGAGAGCGCACCCCGAGCCGGAGCAUUUCUGCUUCCCCCCCUGAGAGCCUGCAGGAUGAGGAGCGGACGGGAGGCACGGGCCUGAAGCGGAAGCGGGAAGAGAAGGACCUGCCUGGGCAUUAUGAUAGCGAUGGGGACAAGAGCGACUACAACCUCGUGGUGGAUGAGGACCCUUCCUCGGAGCCCAGCAGCCCCGGCCACGCACCCAGCAGCCGGCUCCCACCAGCCCGCCGGGAGAUGCCUGAGAGCCCGGCCUCCAUCGCGUCCAGCCGGAGCACGACGCCCCUCAAGCCGAAGGACCAGAGUCUGACCGACCCGCCGGCCGGUGCUCCCACCUCCAAGCCCUCCAUGUCCUCGCCGCCCCGCGACUCCCUGACACCCGGCCCCGGGCCCAGCUCGGCCGCCCUGCUCCGGCAGCCCCCUGCCAAGGCAUCUACCACCGACACCAUCACUCUCCGCAGCCCGCUGAGCAUGUCCAGCCCUUACACGUCCUCCUUCGGGAUGGUGCCUCACGCCACCCUCAAUGGGGAGCUCCCCACCCCCAGCAUGUACAUGGGCAUCCACCUCUCGCCGCAGGUCAGCAGCGCCGUGAUGUAUGGCCGGUCCCCAAUGGUGGCUUUUGAGUCGCACCCUCACCUGAGGGCUUCCACCAUCUCAUCUUCACUCUCCACCAUCCCCGGAGGGAAACCCGCCUACUCCUUCCACGUCAGCGCCGAUGGGCAGAUGCAGCCGGUGCCUUUCCCACCCGACGCCCUCAUCGGCUCCGGCAUCCCCCGCCAUGCCCGGCAACUCCACACCCUGACCCAUGGAGAGGUGGUCUGUGCUGUCACCAUCAGCAGCUCCACACAGCACGUCUACACCGGGGGCAAGGGCUGUGUGAAGGUGUGGGACGUGGGACAGCCAGGCACCAAGACGGCCGUGGCUCAGCUGGACUGCUUGCUCCUUCCUUCUUCACUGGCCCUGUUCCCUGUAAUCCCACCCCAGAACCGUGACAACUACAUCCGUUCCUGCAAGCUGCUGCCUGACGGCCGGAGCCUGAUCGUGGGGGGGGAGGCCAGCACCCUCUCCAUCUGGGACCUGGCAGCCCCCACGCCCCGCAUCAAGGCCGAGCUCACCUCCUCUGCCCCCGCCUGCUACGCCCUGGCCAUCAGCCCCGACGCCAAAGUCUGCUUCUCCUGCUGCAGCGACGGCAACAUUGUGGUGUGGGACCUGCAGAACCAGACCAUGGUGAGGCAGUUUCAGGGCCACACCGAUGGUGCCAGUUGCAUUGACAUCUCUAACUAUGGCACCAAGCUGUGGACAGGGGGGCUGGACAACACAGUGCGGUGCUGGGACCUGCGGGAGGGCCGUCAGCUGCAGCAGCACGACUUCAGCUCCCAGAUCUUCUCCCUGGGGUACUGCCCGACAGGAGAGUGGCUGGCGGUGGGCAUGGAGAGCAGCAAUGUGGAGAUCCUGCAUGUCACCAAACCUGAGAAGUACCAGCUGCACCUCCACGAGAGCUGUGUCCUCUCCCUCAAAUUUGCCUCCUGCGGGAAGUGGUUUGUGAGCACGGGGAAGGACAACCUGCUGAACGCCUGGCGGACGCCCUACGGAGCCAGCAUCUUCCAGUCUAAAGAGUCCUCGUCUGUGCUGAGCUGUGACAUCUCCAUCAAUGACAAAUUCAUUGUUACGGGCUCUGGCGACAAGAAGGCCACAGUGUACGAGGUGGUCUACUGAGGCCCCAUCCAUCACCAUCCCUCAUCCAUCAGGGAUCCUCCUGCAGCCCUGCUCUCCCUCCUCCUCUGCCCUGGCUCUGGCUCCUGCCCAACGCAGGGCAGAGCUGCAGGGGGGAGCUGGAGGUGAGCGUUCUUUAGGGCCAGGUCUGAUCCGGGUAUCCUGCAGCCUCUGUCCGUCGGGGCUGGAUGCACGAGGUGCUGGCAGGCUGGCAAGACAAGGCCAAGAGUGACUGAGAUAGCAUUGCUCCUGAAAUACUGCUACUGAUUUAAUGGCACCCAUUUUCUGCUGCAGAAACAGCUGUAAAUUAUCAGUAAAGAAAUGUAUUUAACUGUGUUUUCAAUCCCUUACUAAUAAAAAGGAACAAAAGA